GUGAAUUUAUGAAUGACGUAGAGAGUGAACGAAAAAAAGGUGUGGCCUGAUUAAAGAUCCAGAGAGAGUGAGAGACCAGUAAUCCUUCUCCUCAUGUGCUAGUCUGAAAUGAGCUGUCAUCUCUUUUCUGGCUUAGCUGUGCUCAGAUUUCCUCUCUGCUCAGUGCAGACGUGAAACGCAGCAUUGCCGGAUAUCAACAUGUGGGAUGGUACCUUGAGAACAGCUGGUUGAUGGGCCCGGGCUGAAGAAGUGUGGGAGGUAUUUGAUAGAGUGUUAGGAUGGCCACUGAAGCUUCUACCCUCCCAAGUCCUGUGGUGCGUCAGAUCGACAAACAGUUCUUGAUUUGCAGUAUCUGUCUGGAUCGCUACAACAAUCCCAAGGUCCUUCCCUGCCUUCACACCUUCUGUGAAAGGUGUCUGCAGAACUACAUUCCCGCCCACAGUUUGACUCUGUCUUGCCCCGUGUGCCGUCAGACCUCCAUUCUGCCGGAGAAGGGUGUGGCGGCACUUCAGAGUAACUUCUUCAUCACCAACCUGAUGGAGGUGCUAAAGAGAAGCCCAGACACUAACCUCAGUGAGGACUGCACUGAUGCUAUCAAUGGAGUGGCCACUGGACUACCACUCUCCUGUCCCAAUCAUGGAGGAAAUGUAAUGGAGUUCUACUGUCCACCAUGCGAGACAGCCAUGUGUGAGGAGUGUACUAGCGGCGAACACGCAGAACACGCCACCGUCCCACUCAAGGAUGUUCUAGAACAGCACAAAGCCUCGCUACAGGAGCAGCUGGAUGCUGUCAAAAACAGGCUGCCAGAAAUUGACUCUGCGCUAGAGGUUCUGUCUGAGAUUUUGCAGCAGCUGAGCAAUCAGAAGAAUUCAAUAGAAGAAGUGAUUCAUGCUACUUUUGAGGAACUUCAGAAGACCCUCAAUGUACGGAAGAGUGUUCUGCUGAUGGAGCUGGAGGUCAACUAUGGACUCAAACAGAAGGUGUUGCAAGCUCAACUGGAGUCGUUGCUGCAGGGGCAGGAAGGCAUACGCAGCAGCUGCAGUUUCACCGAACAGGCUCUUAAUCAUGGCUCAGAAGCUGAGGUCCUAUUGGUCAAGAAGCAGAUGAGCGAGCGUCUUGAUGAGCUGGCCAAUCAGGAGCUCCCACUUCGACCAGAGGAGAACAACCAGUUGGACUUCUUGGUGGAGACCGAAGGUCUUCGUAAAUCCAUCCAUAACCUUGGUGCUAUAGUAACCACAAAUGCUGUAGCCGCAGAAACUGUUGCCACCGGUGAAGGCCUGAGGCACUGCGUCGUGGGGCAGCCAACCUCUGUGACCAUAACAACAAAAGACAGAGACGGCGGAUUGUGCCGGACAGGAAAUGCUCUGCUCAUAGCUGAUCUUUCUGCCUCUGAUGGCACCAUAGUGGGGGAAGGCGAAGUCACGGAUCAUAAAAAUGGCACUUAUGAGUUUGUAUACACAGUCCCGUGUGAAGGCCGCUUCACGCUCUCGCUGAAGCUCUAUGAUCAGCAUAUUAAAGGCAGCCCAUUCAGCAUACGUGCCAAUAAAAUGAUGGACAUCUCCCUGACUGCAGACGGAGGCAAGAAACGUCUUAAAUCUCCAGGAAGCAGCCAUGUGAAACAGCGUGCCAUCAAGCGCCCUGCCAGCAUGUACAGCACCGGCAAACGGAAAGAAAACCCAAUUGAAGAUGACCUCAUGUUCCGAAUCGGAACUAAAGGCAGAAAUAAGGGUGAGUUCACCAAUCUGCAGGGAGUUGCUGCUUCUUCUGUUGGCAAGGUCCUGAUAGCAGACAGUAACAAUCAGUGUGUUCAGAUAUUUUCAAAUGAUGGACAGUUUAAGAGUCGGUUUGGAGUGAGGGGCCGAUCGCCAGGACAACUUCAACGACCAACUGGUGUCGCUGUGCACCCCAAUGGUGACAUCAUCAUUGCUGACUAUGAUAAUAAAUGGGUCAGCAUUUUCUCCAGUGAUGGCAAGUUUAAGACUAAAAUUGGCUCAGGGAAGCUCAUGGGUCCUAAGGGUGUAUCGGUUGAUAGAAAUGGCCACAUCAUUGUAGUUGACAAUAAAUCUUGCUGCGUCUUCAUUUUCCAGCCCAAUGGAAAACUUGUCUCCAAGUUUGGCAACCGAGGCAACAGUGACAAGCAAUUUGCAGGUCCCCACUUUGCAGCAGUGAAUCAAAAUAAUGAAAUCAUUGUGACUGAUUUUCAUAAUCAUUCUGUAAAGGUGUUCAGUCCAGAGGGGGAGUUUCUACUGAAGUUUGGGUCGAAUGGCGAAGGAAAUGGGCAGUUUAAUGCACCGACAGGUGUGGCGGUAGAUGCCAAUGGCAAUAUUAUAGUGGCUGACUGGGGCAACAGCCGGAUACAGGUGUUUGACAGCAGUGGAUCCUUCUUGUCCUACAUCAACACCUCCGCAGACCCUCUGUAUGGCCCGCAAGGACUGGCUCUCACCUCUGAUGGCCACGUUGUGGUGGCAGACUCUGGGAACCACUGUUUUAAAGUAUACCGUUAUCUACAAUAGCACUCUCACUUCCACAGCACUUACUCCUUAAAGCUGCCGCCCCUCGUGCCAAAUGAGACCCUCAUAUUGCAUUGAAGUUGUCAUUUUAGCCUCAUUCGUGACACCCUCACCUUGCAGAGAAGAACAAACUUUAGGAAAUGAGAUUCUGUACCAUGAUCAUAGUAGUUUGCACACCUAAAAACAUUGGUUUUACAAUUUAAAGGAAUAGUUCACCCAAAAAUAUAAAUUCUGUCUUUUUUUACUCUUUUUACCUUAUGUUGUUCAAAAUCCAUAUUCAUUUCUUUUUUCCAUGGAACAUAAAAGGGACAUUUUUAAAGAAUAUAUAGGCCAUUCUUGUCUGUAUUAUUAAAAGUGCAUUGCAGCCAUAAACAUGUUGUUCUUUAUAUUCCAAGCCAUACAAAGACCCUGUGAGGAACAGACCGAAUUUUGUUAUUCACUGAAAAUCAUCCAUUCCACUGUAACUCUGAAAUCAAAUAUAUUGUGUUAAUGAUGUCGGCAUUACUUUCGUAAUUAUUUUCAGUUUCAGUAAAGAGGAAGAUAAACAAUAUAUGUUAAAUUAUAACUUUUUUAAAUUGCCAUAAUUUUGUAUGCAAAUCUGUCAUAACACGAGCUCUAUAGACUACUUUUUCUCUUUUUUCUCACUUUUAUUAUAUGAAAGAGACUGUCCAUGAUCCUUAAAAAAAAAAUCAACUUUUGUGCUCCAUGGAAGAAAAUCACGGUGAUUUGGAACAAGUAGUGAGUAAAUGAUGACAGAAAUGUAAUUUUUUAAUGAAACUGUCUCUUUAAGAAUGAAGCUAUAUAGAUUAGGUUAUGCUGUUCUUCACUUUUGACUCAAAAACUGCUACACAUUAGGGGAAUAAUACAUGUUUCUACUGUUGAAAAAAAAAAAAAAACGAAGCGUUCUUGUUUCAACACAGCUGAUUAAAAAGGGAACUCUUCAAAGUAUUGUAAAUGCGAUUCCAAAUGCUAUUAAAUUUUAAACAUCUACACAUCAAACAGACAAAAAUAAUCUCACUAUGGUUGGCCAGUAUCACCAAUAUUUGUUGAGUUGUUUAAAAGAGAUGUCAGGAAUAUUUCUAACUUAUACCACAAUAUAUGUGCUUCUCUGAUUAUGACUGUGAUGUGCACAACAGUGGUUGGUACGAUGUUUGCAUAAUGCAAUUACUGUACGUCUCUGUAAUCACUUUAACCCAUAAUAUGCAAGAAACAAAUCAUUUGAUAUGCUGUUUAGAUAAACAAAAACUUUUUUUUUUUUUAAAUCACUGCACUAAUUAAAAUCUGCCAUUUCAUUUAUAAAAGACGCUAAUUAAUUUCUCUUAAUUUGUUCCAUUCAGAAAAAUGACCAGAAAAAGUCGGUGAUGUAUCACAUGCGCAAUUCACCCGAUGCACUUUGUGAUUUAGCAACACAAAAAACUUAUAUAGUGCUAAUAUUAAAGGGCCCAUGGAUGAUAUGCAUUAUUAGUGAUCAUUAUGUGUUGCGAGAGUGGUCAUUUUGUGUUGUUGAUAAAUCAUGUUCAUACUCAUAAUGCUUAAACUGAAAAAGUGCCCUGUUUUUUUUUUUCCCAAGUGUACUCAUGCCAAACAGAUAAAUGCAGAAAGUAAAUCUUCCUUGUCUCAUGUCUGUUCUCCUGUACAGUCGUAUUGUCAUUCACAUGGAACUAGUGCUGCUUGUUUGCACAAAAUACACAAUAAUUUCACAUACAUUCCAAAAUGUAUUUCUCCCCUUUAUACCCACAAACCUGCUUUUUUUGUAGCAAUAAAGCUUGAAUCUUA